CUUUGACCUGGCUCUAUGGGCCACCCUCCAACGUCAGGAAAUUUCAGCCUAUGUGUAGGGAAUGAAUCCAUGCCCAAGAAUCCACCAGUCUCCAUUUUCUCAGGUCUGAAGAGGAUGUUAGGUGCUAUGCUUUUUCCUGGGGAAGGAUCUGAAGAUGGCGGAGGAAGGAAGCUGUGUCUUCUUUCCUUGCUUCUCAUUGGCUUCUGGGGCUGUGUGGCCUCUCACUGGAACCCUGUGGGGGAUAUCUGCACUGCCAAGCCCAGGGACAUUCCAGUGAAUCCCAUGUGCAUUUACCGGCACCCAGAGAAGAAGCCAUCAGAAGAUGAGGGCUCAGAGCAGAAGAAAGUCCCAGAGUUGACCAACCCAAGAGUGUGGGAACUGUCCGAGGCCAACUCCCGCUUUGCGACAGAGUUCUACAAGCAGCUGGCAGAUUCCAAAAACAGCAAUGACAACAUCUUCUUGUCACCUCUCAGUAUCUCCACAGCUUUCGCCAUGACCAAGCUAGGGGCUUGCAACAAUACACUCAAGCAGCUCAUGGAGGUGUUCAAGUUUGAUACGAUCUCAGAGAAAACAUCAGAUCAGGUCCACUUCUUCUUUGCCAAGCUGAAUUGCCGGCUUUAUCGAAAGGCUAAUAAAUCCUCUGAAUUGGUGGCAGCCAAUCGCCUCUUUGGAGAAAAGUCACUCACUUUCAAUGAGACCUACCAGGAUAUCAGUGAGGCGGUAUAUGGAGCCAAGCUUCAGCCUCUGGACUUCAAGACAAGCCCAGAGCUGUCAAGAGUGACCAUUAAUGACUGGGUUGCAAACAAGACAGAAGGGCUCAUCACCGACGUCCUUCCUAAGGGUGCUAUCACUGACCUUACCUCCUUGGUGCUAGUCAACACUAUUUACUUCAAGGGUCUGUGGAAGUCCAAGUUUAUGCCAGGGAACACCAAGAAGGAGCUGUUCCACAAGGCAGAUGGUGAGCAGUGCUCGGUGUCCAUGAUGUAUCAGGAGAACAAGUUCCGCUACCGCUCUGUGAAGGGGAGCAGUCAGGUGGAGGUGCUGGAACUGCCCUACAAAGGCGAUGACAUCACCAUGGUGCUGAUCCUGCCCAAGCCUGAGAAACCUCUGGAGAAGGUGGAAAGGGACCUGACGCCGGAAGUGCUCCGGGAGUGGCUGGAGAGCCUCGAGGAGACUUUGCUGGCGGUUCACGUGCCCCGGUUCCGAAUUGAGGACAACUUCAGCGUGAAAGAGAACCUGAAGCAGAUGGGCCUGGAUGAUCUCUUCAGCCCAGAGAAAGCCAAUCUGCCAGGGAUCAUCACAGAAAACCAGGAAACCGGAAACCUUUUUGUGUCGGAUGCAUUCCAUAAGGCAUUCCUCGAGGUCAACGAAGAAGGCAGUGAAGCUGCUGCCAGCACUGCAGUCGUGAUUUCUGGGCGUUCGCUCAACUUUAACAGGGUGACCUUCAAGGCCAACAGGCCCUUCCUGGUGCUCAUCAGGGAAGUUGCUCUCAAUACUAUCAUUUUCAUGGGCAGAAUAUCCAACCCUUGUGUGAACUGAGGUGCUGCUCUCUUGUGCCUCUCUACUGUAGUUUGUGGAUGCAAGUAAAUAAAACUUUGACUAUU